CUCUUCUUUCGUCCACAACUCGGGACGAGGAACACCAAGCUCAAGAACCUACUUCCCAGGAAGAAGAAAGCUUUUGGCCGGUCGCUUUUCCGAGCGAAGUUUCGAGUGUGCGAAAGUACGGACGCCGCUUGGUGGACAGGUACUUAGCGCUUGAAUUUGAGAAGUGGGAGAUUGAGGAGCUGCGAAAGCUCAUUUUGCACGAUGGAAAAAUUGAAAGGAUCGCACGCGCCCAAGCGAUACAGCAAGGCCAAAACAUAAACAAAAAGCUAGCGAGGUUUGGAGCGGGCACGGUUCAACCGUGGCACACGCCGGACUCUAUGCGCCGGGUCCGGAAGUCUCUCAUGACCCAGAUAUGGGCGCAGCUUUUGCUUCUGGCCCCGUUGAACGUAGAAGAAUAUUUCAUGACUCUUGUUUAUUUGGAAACACGGGAGAGUAAAGCUAAAGAGCAGUUUCGGAUCGAACAUGGAGAAAAGGUUCUUCAAAUCUUUGAGGACUACCUGGUCAACGAGAUGCAAGGUCGGAGAAUCGUGGAUCAGCUGAUGCAGGAAGUGGAGCAGGAGCAUCACGAAGCCCUCGCCCUCCUACAGUCUGGUCGAGUUGAUAAGCAGGGAAGAGGAAAGUCCUCCUCUGGAGUUGUGCAAGGGCGGGACUAUGCGACGCGGGUUGUGUUAGGGGUCGAUGUUGUCGGCACGUUUACCUCGAAGAAAUGGUGGGACGAGCCACAUCCCGUAGUCACGGACGCCCUUCAACCGUUCGCGAAAUUUCUCGCCUAUAACUACCGCCUCGGUAAGCAGAGCCAUGGUACAGAGGAAUACUCUUACAAAAACCAUCCGAGACUGGUUGCGGUCUGGCAGAGGGAAAUCGUGCGAGAAAUUGUGGACGAAAUUUUGCCGGGGCGUGGUGGAAUGAGGUCCGACGUAGAGGAACGCGCCGCCUCUAUUUGCUGGGACAGCCUUGGGAACCACAUGACGAAUCAAAAGUGGGCCAAGCAACUUGGUGUGGCUACUUCUGCUGCCUCUUCGAAAAGAAAAGACGAGCAAGCAGAUAGCGGACCUUCCCAGAAAAAGGACCAAGGAUAUCUAGAGGCAUUGGCAUCAAGGUACGCUGAUGAGCUUGUGGCAGAGGAGGAAGCACAAGCUGCACAACAACAAAAAGGCGUGCGUGCUAGUAAAAGAAAAGGAGGAACUGCCGUAGCUGAUAUCCAACAACAUGCGGAUGUUGCCAUCGGCGCUGGCGCGGAUGUGGUGCAGGCCGAGUUGUUAUGAACAAACGGACACGCUUGUGGAGGAGGUCAAAACUUAGGGAAAGUUAGGGAAAUUUAGGGGGUUCCCUAAUUUUCCCUAAAAUUCGUAUGUGGGUUUAAGCGUCUGUCCGUUUGUUUCUAAAGUUGAAGCAUCAAGAAGACGAGGAAGAUUCUGGUGGAGAGGAGGACGCU